GUAAACUGCACAGAGAGGACUUCAAGUUAGAAUCUCCUGGUUUUUCACAAGAUGCUGGACUGGAGAUUAGCAAGUGCAUAUUCCAUCCUGGCCAUGACGCUGAUGAUGUGGAGCUCAGGAAAAGUGCUCUCAGUGGAUGUAGCAGCCGAGGCCUUUGAUUCUACAGUCACAGAUGUACAGUCACCACCUACAGUCAGGGAAGAGAAAUCAGCCACUGAUCUAGCAGCAAAACUCUUUCUUCUUGAACUGGUGUCCCUGGAGAAUGACGUGAUUGAGACAAAGAAGAAAAGGAGUUUCUCUGGUUUUGGGUCUCCCCUAGACAGACUCUCAGCUGGAUCUGUAGACCAUAAAGGUAAACAGAGGAAAGUAGUAGACCAUCCAAAAAAGCGAUUUGGUAUCCCCAUGGACCGGAUUGGUAGAAACCGACUUUCAAAUUCAAGAGGCUAAUUAAUUCCAAUUACGCAACGUCCGUGGGUGAAAUGUCACAGAAAUAUGAAAGAUGCUUCAAUGAAGUUCUUCACACUGUUUAUUAAAGUUUUUAAAAACUGACCUUCUGCAAAUUCUUUCCAAGGCUUGAACUUCAGUUCAUCACAUCACAGUAUUGUUAUAGCUUCAAUUAAAUUGUGCAGAUAAAUUUGAUGCCUGUAUACCUUUAAAAAAUAUGUAUAUUUUAAUUAUUCUGGUAUGGUUACUUGCCCCCCAAAUUUUACUUUUAAAAAUAGCAAUUUAAAAGCACAAUACAGUGAAAUACUUUCCAUAUGCCUUUACCAUUCACAUUUUUGCAGUUAAAGAAUAAUGAUGAAAUUCAGAUUUGCUUCUGUAAAAUUUAGAUAACAAUUUAUUUGUUCAUUAUGGGGAAUAAGAAAAGGCACUGAGGGAUGUUUUCUUUUGAGUACUUUCAUUUCUCUCUUUUCUUUUGUCAGUGAGCCUGUUGGGUAAUAAUUAUGAAAAUAGGUUUCUCUGAUCAUAUUCGAGUUUCAGUCAUGUUCAACCAAACGAAACACAGUCCCUAUGAGUAUACCGACUUAGAAUGUAAAAGUGUAAAAAGUGGAGGAUAUUCCUCAUUUUCCCCCUAUUUCUUGUCCCCCUAACAACUUUCCAUGUCUAAAUUAUACCUGAUAGUUCAUUACCUGUAGCAGUGUCUAAUUAUGAGGGAAUAGCUGCCCACAGAAGUAAAAACAAAAGAAGGGGAAAAGUUAAGGGAUUAUUAGGUAGUGAACAACCAGAGCAGGUUGGGGUCACUUAAGUGCACGUCAUUUUAGCAUAGUACAAUAAAUGAUCAGGUAUCAUGUUACCGACUCAUCUAAGAAGCCUUUUAAACCGUUUCAUGUGCUGUGUGCUUAAUAAGCCAUUGAUAAGCAUAAAGUAUUUGAACAUUGUGUCUUUAAAAUGAUUCAGAUUGUUUUUAAUUGACCUUUCCAGAGGCCUAAGUUUUCUGGAAAGCUAAAUUCUUAGCAAAGACUGUGAUAUUACUCCCAUGUAGGAGCAUAAGCCCUUUCUGCAUUGUAUAUGCUUCCAAAACACACAGAUAACUCUAUUCCCUGAACCAGAGAUUCAGCAUAAGUUACUCAGAAGAAGUUUAUCAAAGUAUCUGAAAAACACUUCUGAAAGUCUUCCUAAUCACUAUCAGUCAGGCCUGAUACAUGGGAUGAAAAAGUCUUGGCUAGCAGAGCAAAGCCUUAUUAUAGCAAAAAAGAAAGAAUGCUAUAAAAAGGUGUCUUUAUAAUAAAAGAAGAGAGAAAUGUGUAGUUGCUGAUUUUAACUAAAAAUUAAUAUACUUGUAUGAUUCGAAGAAUAAAAUGAACUAAAAGAAACAUUGUGAUGACAAAAACACAUCCAAGAAGAGCAGAAUUAAAUGACUGUUCUGCAGGAGGAGCCUGUGGCUCAAAGGAGUAGGGCACCUGCCCCGCAUGUAAUACCACAGGUGGUGGGUUCAAACCUGGCCCCAGCCAAAACUGCAAAAAAAGAAAAAAAAAAAAAAGACUGUCCUCCUUAAAAGACUAGUUGUUCUGUUAUCCAAUGUGCUUUUUAGAGACUCAGUUCAGAGGAGAUGAAAGGAAGUGACAGAAAUAGACAUUAGGAUACAUACUGGUUGUGUAUACAACGUCUUCGUUUUUCUGAAAUUUUUUCAAAUUGCAAAUAUUCAAAUUUAAGUUUAGGGAAAAAACAGUAAAUAAUGUUUCUUUAAAUUGUGAUAGAGGGCUAACAGAAAGAAAAAUGAAUUUUGAGAAAGCUAAUUAAUUCUGAUUGUCAUAAAUUGCAUUAGAAAGAGAAUAGUGUCAGAGCUCACAGUUUGAAAGAUUUCUUAAGAGGUUGUGAUACCUCAUGUUCACAUUUCUCCAAGCUUCUGAUGAACUCUAGGAAUGUGUCCUGUUUCUUAGAUGUUCUUUCUUUCCUGUUUUCCCCAUUUGGAUAUUUGUAAGCUUCUAAUUCAACUAGAUGCUGCUCUGUGCUCUGACAAACUUCCUUUUGCCUGAAAAUUUCUCAUGAUAAAGAUUUGAAGUUGGAUUAAACAAAUUGAUUUCCUACAUUCUUUAUUUCUUCAUUUAAACUAGGCUAUGUCAUCCAACUUCAUUAAAAUAAGAAGUGACAAAAUAUUGACUUACGUUCUAUUUUAAUGUAUAAUGUGUUUGUCUCAUAAUAUAAAAUACAUGCAAGACUUCCAUGAAAAACAAAAGAAAAAAUGUUUCUUUCACUUACAAUGCUGUUUUAUUUCAUAUUUUAAUUUUUACUACUACUUUAUACAGAGUAGGAAAUAAGUUAGCAGUAUACCAGUUUAAAUAAGGUAUUCUUUUACCAUAGAAAUAAAUUAAGAUAAUUUCUGUUAAGAAUAUGAUGAGUCAUCUCAUUUAUUUGUCUAGUAGCAUUGGACAUUAACUAAAUCCCAUUAUAUUUCAACUUCAAAAUAAUACAUUACCUUUUUCUGCCCUUUGUCCUACGUGGAGUUUCAUAGAACCAAUGAAUAUGUGGAUGUGGAUUUCUGAAUUCUGGUUUCAAAUAUAGAAUCAGCUUCAACAGGAUGUAAUUCCUGCCCACUUUGUCUUAAAAUUUGUUCAUACUACGAAAUGUCUGUCAAAUUGUACCUUUAAUGUACAUAUAGCUUUAGGUGACUAAAUUUUUUAAAGAAAAUUAUUAGAAACUCAAUUGAUGGGAUUUUUAAAAAAGAAUAAAUAUUAAAGGGUUUUUUUUAUUAUUAUUAAAUCAUAGCUGUGUACAUUAAUGGUAUCGUGGGGCACCAUACACUGGUUUUAUAGACCAUUUGACACAUUUUCAUCACACUGGUUAACAUAGCCUUCCUGGCAUUUUCUUAUUUAUUGUGUUAAGACAUUUACAUUCUACAUUUACUAAGUUUCAUAUGUACCCUUGUAAGAUGCACCACAGGUGUAAUCCCACCAAUCACCCUCCCUCCGCCCACCUCGCCCCCUUUCCCCCAAUAUUAAGGGUUUUGAAUGUUACCCCUUACAUCUAAAGGUUCAAGAUACUCUAACAUUGUUCAACUUUUCCAAAG